UUUUGUUUAUAGGCGUCAAACACUUUGACAUCGGCAAACAGUGGCACCGAGUGGCAUUUUCUUUUCACGAUACUUUACUUGUUGUAUAGCUUUAGAAUCGGAGAUAAUUUCCGUAGCUCAAUCCGCUACUACCGUGUUACGGCUGCUGGUUAAGGCUGCUCGUUCGUGCGUUUCCGUGACCGGCUGCAAUUGUUCGAUUUGCGCGAUAGUCAAACACUCUGCAGCAAAGCACGCCGCAAAAUGACACAACAACUAAAGGACCAGCUUAAGUUUGAUAUAGAAUGGGGCCAUGAGCGAUUAGUUCGGGCGCAGCAAACGGUCGAAGUGCGACCAUUCGAUGUGGAAUCCUGGUCGCUUUUGGUACGCGAAGGGCAAAGCCGGCAUGUGAACGAGGUUCGAUCGUUGUACGAAUCGUUGGUGUGUGUAUUUCCGACGACCGCUCGGUACUGGAAGGUGUACAUCGAGCAGGAGAUGAAGUACCGCAAUUACGAGCGAGUGGAGAAGCUCUUCCAGCGGUGUUUGGUCAAGAUCCUAAACAUCGAUCUGUGGAAACUUUACCUGACUUACGUGAAGGAAACGAAAGCUGGACUCAGUACACACAAGGAAAAGAUGGCACAGGCGUACGAUUUCGCGCUAGAAAAGAUCGGCAUGGAUCUGCACUCGUUCUCCAUCUGGACCGACUACAUCAUGUUCCUGAAGAGCGUCGAUGCUGUGGGCAGCUAUGCGGAAAAUCAGAAAAUAACGGCCGUCCGGAAGGUGUACCAACGCGCGGUCAUCACGCCAAUCAUCGGCAUCGAACACCUGUGGAAAGAUUACAUCGCGUUCGAGCAGAACAUUAAUCCGAUCAUAUCGGAAAAGAUGAGCGUGGAGCGGUCGCGAGAUUACAUGAACGCGCGGCGCGUUGCGAAAGAGCUGGAAAUUGUGACCAAGGGUCUGAACCGGAACCUGCCGGCCGUACCACCGACGGUAACGAAGGAAGAAAUUAAGCAGGUGGAGCUGUGGAAAAAGUACAUUGCGUUUGAAAAGUCCAAUCCGUUGCGCAGUGAAGAUAAUGCGCUAGUAACACGCCGCGUUAUGUUUGCAAUCGAGCAAUGUUUGCUCGUUCUUACACAUCAUCCAGCCGUGUGGCAUCAGGCGGCUCAGUAUCUCGAUCAAAGCUCGAAGCUGCUCGUGGAGAAAGGGGAUCUCAAUGCGGCCAAAGUAUUCAGCGAUGAGGCAGCAAACAUUCUGGAGCGUGCUAUCAACUCUGUGUUGAGCCGCAACGCGUUACUCUACUUUGCUUAUGCCGAUUUCGAGGAAGGGCGGUUGAAGUACGACAAAGUGCACCAGAUGUACAAUAAGUUCCUCGCGAUUAACGACAUUGAUCCGACACUGGCUUACAUACAGUACAUGAAGUUUGCACGCCGGGCGGAGGGAAUCAAAUCGGCCAGAGCCGUGUUUAAGAAGGCACGCGAGGACGUGCGCUCCACCUAUCACGUGUUUGUGGCGGCCGCACUGAUGGAGUACUAUUGCAGCAAGGAUAAGGAUAUCGCCUUUCGGAUAUUCGAACUGGGGCUGAAACGCUUCGGUGGUAGUCCUGAAUACGUCAUGUGCUACAUCGACUAUUUGUCGCAUUUGAAUGAGGACAACAACACCCGCGUCCUGUUUGAGCGGGUGCUCUCGUCGGGAGGACUAACGCCACAGCUGUCGGUCGAAGUUUGGAACCGCUUCCUGGAGUUCGAGUCCAACAUUGGGGAUCUGUCUAGUAUCGUGAAGGUCGAGCGUCGCCGCAGCGCCGUGCUGGAGAAGCUGAAGGAGUUUGAAGGCAAGGAAACGGCGCAACUUGUUGAUCGUUACAAGUUUCUUGAUCUCUACCCAUGCUCGCCGUCCGAGCUGAAAUCGAUCGGGUACAGCGAAACGCGAGGAAUGCUCAGCGUGACCGGGGUGAAACCGCCGCCCGCACCAGUCCCGGAGCAGCCGGAGCAGCCGCAGCAGCUUGCCCGGCCCGACUUCAGCCAGAUGAUACCGUACAAACCGAAACCGAAUGCAUUCCCAGGCGAGCAUCCCGUGCCGGGUGGUACGUUCCCGCAGCCGGCUGCACUUGCCGCCUUGUGCGCUAUUUUGCCACCGCCCGUAAGCUUCCAGGGUCCGUUCGUUUCGGUCGACAAGAUAAUAGAAGUGUUCAAUCGCAUCCAACUACCUGAAGGUACUUCCCCACCGCCAAGCGAUAGUACUGCCGAUUCGAGAUUGUUCGAGCUCGCCAAAUCGGUCCACUGGAUCGUGGACGAUAGUACGUACGCGAGCGAAGGUGGCCUUAAGCGGCGGCGCAUGGCACCGGGCGGAGAGGACAGUGACGAUGAAGCGGUGGCACCAGCCCCGCCCGCCAACGAUAUCUACCGUCUAAGACAGCAGAAACGGUUCAAGUGAAUGCAUGAUGAUAGCCUGCGACGCCACGGGAUUAUGCUUUUAGGAACAGUGUUUCGCCCGCUGCCGGAAACAUACAUAGUUGUAACAUAUAUUUGUAAGGACUAGGCGAGCUCGUCAUAUCCACGCUCUGAGAAAGUUUUAGAGGACAAAAUCAUUGUGGCUGGUAAUCAGCAUACCGGAAUGUACAGAGGCAGUGUGCGAUGCAAACAUUCGGCCACGGGCAGGUAUGAAUGACGUCUAACAUGAAUAAAACAAACAAACGAAACCCUGUA